AUGUUUCAUAACUGGGGAUGGGAUAUCGAUAGGGCGAAAUCCAAAUCACGAUAUGUUCCUCUGUAUCGCCAUUUGAGUAGUCAGUCGGCGAUUCCUGUCAACGCGACAUCAAGAACCACACCUCCCCAGCUCAAUUCCAAAGGGCCAAAACUCCCCAUCGCAAUUCCACAUGUCCACCCCGGCCUGGGAGUUUCAUGUCAACUUCGCACCGUUCUGGCCGACAACUUUGCGGUGAGCACCAACAAUUGCAAGAUCAAAACUGUUCUGCUUCUCAUCAAAAGCUGCCCCAAGCUCCAAGGCUUCUUCUGCAUGUCCAUGUCCACUCCCGGGAGCUGCAGUUUCAUGACACUCAGUCUCGGGAGUUUUACGACACUGGAGCCUGAAGACUACAGCGAGCAUCAAAACGACCAAACUCCCCACAUCUUUUUGCAUGUCCCUGUCCAAUCCCUGGCAUCAAAGAGGACCAAAGCCCCCCACAUUGAUCUGCAUGUCCACUACCAUGGAGCACAUAGACGUGCCCACAGGGAUGUAGUGACUGGGGAUUUUUCUAUUGCAGCGCUGCUGGGUGUCGGAAAAUGA